AUGGCUCCUCCGUCGCGUGCAUUCGCCGACGCGGCUGCCGCUGCUCUUCGGGCUCUCCAGUGCUCCGGACCGGGAGCUGUUGAUGUCGCCACCGACACUUCGGGUCGUCGUCCGGCGCGCCAGGCUCGUUCGGCGGGUGCCCCCGCCCCUAUCGCCGCUGGUGCUGUGCCUCCAGCCCCGGCCGCGCCUGCAGGUGACCCUACGCUCAUUCCUGCCGCCUCCGGGACCUCGGUCGACCCUCCACCGGCUCCUCCCAGUAGUCCUGAGUCUGCUGCUGGGGCGACCGAGACUCCCUCGCCGGCAGUUCCCAUUGAAGAGGCCCCCGACUCGCCGCCGACACCGCCGCCAAGCGCCAGCGCUCCACCGUCGCCAACUCCCGCGCCUUCGGUCACGUUGGCAACUCGCGGGGCGUCGGUGGGGGGCGAGGCAGCUGUAGGAGGUCGCACCGGAGCUGGUGCUGGCCCGGCCGAGGUUCCUCCGACAGCGGUUGUCUUGGGCGAGCGGCAGAUGCUGGAACUCGCUCGUCUCGUCGUGGAGGCAGAUGAACUGGUGGCCCUCCGCCGCGAGAACGACCGGCUGCAGGCAGAGCUCUCCGACACCAAAGAUAAACUCGCUGAAGAGAUGAACCUUCGGACCAAGUCGGACUACUUCCUCGUCUCGGCCAACUCCGAGUGCGACCAAGCUCUGGACCUCGUCCAGGACAUGCGCUCGUUGGAGAAGCGGACGCUCGUUGUGAGGGCGAUUCGGCCGCUGCUGUACGUCGGAACAUCCAGCUCCACGAGCUUGGAGAGGCUUCGCAAGCAGUUGUCCGACCGCGACCGAGCAAACGUCAUCCCCGCACGCAUUCAAGCGUUGACGGACGAGAACAACAGCUUGCGGCGAGCGAAUUCUAUCCUUCGUCGGCACUCGGCAGCACACGGACUCGACGUCGACACCUUGGUCCUGGCCUCAGCCGGCAUCUCCGCUGCAGAGAUUGAUUGGAAUCUUCUCGGGCUGUCCCCACCGACGGUCCCUGUCGAGAGUCCACGCCGUGACGAAUCCUCGUCAGAGGAAGGAGAGGAGUCCAAGACGACCGACGUGCCGAUGGCUAAGUCCACCGAGGCUACGGCCGCUCCCGCUGCUUUGGUGGGCGCUUCUGCUGGUUCCCCGGUCUCCACUGAGUCGUCAUCGCGCAAGCGGGGUCGGCAAACCGAGUCUGCUUCCGUCGGGAAUACGGCAUCCCAGCCUCCUCCUCACAAACGCUUCGGCAGACCGUCAGUCGCCCUGAGGGCCAGGGAUGCAGCGGCCGCCGCGCCAUCUAGUCCUCGUUCGGCAUCAGGAGAGAUUUUCCCGCCUCCUCAGUCGAUGGUGCGUCCUCCAACGACGGCUCGCUCAAGCUGGUUGGAGUCUCAGCCUCUCCCGUACGAACACUCAGACGUCCCCUUGUAUCCUCGGCUGGCCAGUCGCGCCUCGCCUCCCUCGCCAGCCCCAGCCCAGCAGCAGGAAUCAUCUGACGUGGAGUUUGGAGGGGGUAUGAGUCCUAGCGACACAUCACAAGAUGACCUUGAGCCCGGCGAGAUUCCGGAGGGCUCUGACGGCCCGCCAGACCGUUCACCUAACGGUGAGUCGCCUCAUGAGUCCGAGACUUCCGAGGACCGCGCAGCGUUGUUCCUGGAGAUGUUCGGCCCCGACGAAAGAGAGGAAACCUCGGUGGCGCAACCUGUCGCUCCUUCGGAGGCUCCUUCUCCUCUGGCUGCCGCGACCGGGUCGACUCCACACUCGGUCGGCCUCUGUUCACGCCCGGGCGAUGGUAACAGCAACGGUGACAGCUUCACCGAGGCCCCAGCCGUGGUUGACGCUUCCGACGUAGCUCCUGGAUCACGUAAGCUCAGUGGUCUUGCUACCUUGUUCUUGGAGCCGGGUUUCACGGCACCCGGGGCGUCGGAAUGCUGGCAUCUCAUCCAAAACGCCAGUGUCCCCCUCGUCUUCGAGGACGACUUGGUCGCCCCCAGUUCAGUGGAUGGAAUCGUGGAGUUUGGCUUGUGGACGGAUCCUGCUCACCCCUUCCAAGUGUUGCGCCAGCUUUUCCCAGACGAGCCUUGUUUGAUCGAUACGACGGGUUUUCCAUCCUCGAUGGCUAUAUCCCGUCGUGCAACUGGUCGGGCUCUUCUCGUUCGCCUAUGGCGGCAGUUCCAGGGCUACUCCUACCACUCCACCGAGAGGGGCGACCUCGGUUUCGCCUUGUGGGAGCGUCGCCACUGGAUUAGGGGUAAAACUGUCAAGGCGUAUAUCGAUAACCUCGCCAGCACCCUCGGUCAGCGCAACGUGCAAGUCCUAGCGCUUCGACAAGCGUGGUCCAAGUACCACCGAGAGCGCAGUUAUCGUGCAGAUCGGUUGCGAGACCAGAUGCACCACAAGGUGUGGAAUGGGGCCAUUACGUACGACGGACAACCUCCACAGCACCGCACCGAGGUUUUGCUGGAGCCGUCGUACCUGCAAUACUCGUUCGAGGUGAUGGAGUGGGUCCCCACUACCGACGACUGGGCCUCCGAGGUGGCGGACGUGGAUGCCCGCGAGCCGUGGCGUAACUGUUGGUUCCAAGCGCCGGCAGACCACCCCUACAACACGGCUUUCGCCCCUUGCAACGACGUCCCGUUGUUUGUCCCCAACGGAUCGACUCGGGAAACCGUGGCGUCGUCGGUCGUGGUCGAAUCUUCUCUGCGGACUUCGAUGGUGGUCGCUCCAUGGGUGGCCGAGUUCGCAAACGCUCGUCGUUCUCGCUCUCCAAGCCCCGAUGAGGAGACGAAGGAGUCGGGUGAAGCUUCUUCCGCCGCCGGGUCAAGUCUGGGCAUGUUGGCUCAGGCUGUGAUGGAGAUUUAG